CAGAAUAACGAUUUCCUCAGGAAUACGGUGCAUCGCCACGAGCCGCCGGUCACUGCCCAGCCUAUCCAGAUCUUGGCAGAGGACGACGAGGUGGUGGUUGUGGACAAACCCUCCUCUUUGCCAGUGCAUCCCUGCGGCAGGGUUCGUCACAACACUGUCAUCUUCAUCCUCGGCAAAGAGCACGACCUGAAGGAGCUGCACACCAUUCACCGGCUCGAUCGCAUGACCUCGGGGGUGCUUAUGUUUGCCAAGACCGCGGAGGUGUCCAAGAGGAUCGAUGAGCAGGUUCGGGAGAGGCAGCUGGAAAAGGAGUACGUCUGUCGUGUGGUGGGGGAGUUUCCAGAACACGAAGUGGUCUGUGAAGAGCCCAUACUGGUUGUUUCUUACAAAGUGGGAGUGUGCCGCGUGGACCCCAAAGGGAAAUUCUGCAAAACCAUCUUCCAGAGGCUCAGUUACAACGGCAAGACCAGCGUGGUCAAGUGCCUUCCGCGUACGGGCCGCACGCACCAGAUCCGGGUCCAUUUGCAGUUCUUGGGGCACCCCAUUGUCAACGACCCCAUCUAUAACAUGGAAGCCUGGGGCCCUGACAGGGGCAAAGGUGGCAAGAUCGAUAAAACGGAUGAAGAACUCCUGAAGGCGCUGGUAGAGGAGCAUCGUUCCAAACAGAGCCUGGAUAUCUUGGGUAUUUCGGAGGAGGACUUGAACUCUGAUGCUGAAAACAAAGUCUCAGCUUGUCCACCGAGCUCUGAUUCUAGCCUGGAAACGCUUGGAAAAACUACAGAACUCGGUUCAUGUGAGAAACAAGAGGGGCAAACGGAACAAAAGAGCUCGGAAGAGAAGGACCCUUUGUGUGUGGAGUGUAAAAUCACACGGCGGGACCCGUCUCCCAGGGAGCUGGUGAUGUACCUCCAUGCCUUGCGCUACAAGGGAGCGGAGUUUGAGUAUUGCUCCAAGAUGCCCGAGUGGGCAAUGGAAGACUGGGAGGAAUGA